UCCAUUCCACGCAUCUCCACAAUUUCCCCCCGUUGUCUCUACCAGGGCAGCAGUCCUCCGCUGAAGAAAAACUCAUUCGCUCGUAAAAAAAUCCUCUGAAUUUCCUCUCUAAUCCUUGUCCAGGUUACUCAAUUAUUUCCGAUUUUAUAAUUUAUUCAUUCAUUCAAUUCUUUGUUAACCUAGAGCAUUUAGUGUAGUAAGUUGAGUGAAAAUGACGAUAGAUGAUGAUAAUUCAAUAUACGUUGGUGGGAUUCCAUAUGACUGCACAGAAGAAGACAUUCGCAGAGUUUUCGAUUUAUACGGUUCUGUUAUCGCUGUUAAGAUUAUUAACGCUCGUGAUGUUGGUGGGAAAUGCUAUUGCUUUGUCACUUUUACCAAUCCGAGAGCUGCAAUUGACGCCAUUAAUGAUAUGAAUGGAAGGAUGAUUGGUGGACGUGUUGUGAAAGUGAAUGAAGUGAAUGCAAGAGGAGCUGGAAGACCUCCUCCUCCCCCGUUUCAUCGUAGUUUGGAGAGGGAUAUCGACUGGAACAAUAGAGGUAGAGAUCGGGAAAGAGGUGGUUAUGAUCAUGAAAGGGAUCGUUAUGGUAGAGGUGAAAGAAAUAAUAAUGCUGAUCGGUCUCAAGAUGGGUAUGACCGUCCACGUGGUGAUUAUGAUCGGAAUAGAGAUCAUUUCUUGGACAGAGAUCAAAUUAGGGGUCCUGAGCCUUAUGAGCAUGAAAGAAACAGGAGUCAUGAUCGAGACCGGGGCAAGGACCAUAAUUUGGAUCGUGACUUGUUACAGCAGACUGAAUAUGACCGCCCACAUGAUUAUGAUCGAAGUAGAGACCGCUCCUUAGACCGAGAUCAAGUCAGGGGUCGUGAUUAUCAUGAGCGCGACAGGAGCAGGAGUAGGAGCCAGGAUCGAGCUCGCAGUAAGGAGCUGGACUUGAAGCGAGAUACUGAGGUGAAUAGAAGUAUUGAGAAUAACAGAAAAGAUAUGGAUACAAGGAGUCAGAGUGGUUCCCAUUUUAAUGACCGCCGCAGCAGGGAGCUGUCAUCGAGCUCCAACGAUAAUUAUAAUGACGAGGGAAAGGAACGGUUGGAUGUGUCAACACAAAAGCAUGGAGAUCUUGAAAAGAAGAUUUCUCAAAUUAAAGAGAGGUUAGAAGAGAAAAACCAUCUUGUCUCUGAAUUAAAGAAAAAAUCUCAGAAAUUGGAGGACUCAGUUGCCUCUGCAAAGAGGCUUACUUCUCAGCGGCAGCUGCAGUUGACCAUGUUGCAGAGGUGUUUUCUCCAAGUAAAAGACUACAGAGAAAAGCUUAAAAACUCGGAACAGGAACUCCAGUCUCUUGUUGAAACUGUAAUGGCUGAUGUUGAUCACGGUGAUGAGGAUGAUUGAAAUGGGAUGGUUCUCUAUGCACAAAUGGUAAGGCACAUCAGUUGAGUGUAUAUGCGUCUGAAUCUCCAGGUUAUCAAAUUUAAACGCAGAUCAUAUUUUUUGUAAAAUUUUCUAUUGAAAAAUGAAAAAGGUCUAGUUGGUAAAAAGCUCUUGAUGAUAGUGACCUAUGAGCAUGUCUGUUGAUAUCCAUUUUCAGAGUCAUUGAUGGAUUGAUGUUCGAAACGAAUUGUGAAAGUGUCAAUUAGAAAAGGCAUUUGAUCUCUAGUUUGUUCUGCUACAACCUUUGUAACUUUAUGAUAUACCCAUGGAUUGGUCUGUUCUUAUUCAGAUUUAAAUGUUCUCCGCCUUUUCCUGUUCUUGGUAAUUUAAGAAUUUAAAUACAUUUCCAGUCA